UUCAACCAACUGAUCAAGAGUACCUCACCGCCCUGAACGACUCACUAACUGAUCUCAGAAAAAAUCAAAUCAAAUAACCCUACCAUAACCCCGGGACCUCCAGAAAGCACCACAAGCUCCCCUGCGUACAUCAUCUGACGUCCAGUCAAUUCCAAUCUUGGCUCCGCUCAGGCCACCGCUUAAGCCCACCCGAGAAAAUCCAACAGAAUUUCCUAAGUCAUUAAGCCGCGACAUCAAAAACCUCUUAUCUCGAAAACCCACCCAUUGCAAUUAACCCAAUCUCGACAACCAUGGCUCAACCCUUCCAUUUAACCCGCUAUCAAGCGGCCCUGUCAACCUCCAAGCGCCAACUGACCUCCCUCCGCACCACCCGCUCAAUAUUCCCCCGAUGCAACCGCCAACUCCACCAUCAAUCCCGCCAAUGCCGCCCUACAAGAGCAACGCAUCCCACAUUCUCCUUUGCAACCCCGACCAGACGACGCUACCACUCCGAAUACCACCCAGAUCCCCCGGCGCACGAAUACACAAACUCCCAAACAACCAUCCUCUCCGCCGCCCUCCGCCACGUCCCGACCCACGGCUUCACCCGCAACGCCCUAACCCUCGGCGCCCGCGAUAGCGGCUUCCUAGACGUCUCGGUGCAGUUGUUCCCGCGCGGCGAGUUCGACCUCGUUCUGUUCUGGCUAGCGAGUCGACGCGGCCUGUUGCGCGCAAGCGUUGAGGACGGCCUCUUCGAGAAGGAUGAGCGGGUGAAGGCCGGGAAGAACCUGUCGGUUGAGGACAAGACCAAGCUGUUGAUUAUGGAGAGGUUGAAGAUGAAUACCGAUAUUAAACACCAGUGGCAGGAUGCUUUGGCGCUCAUGUCUCUUGCCGGUAAUAUUCCUCUCUCGUUGUCGGAGUUGCAUGCGCUUUCGUCGGAGAUCUUGACGCUUGCGGGCGAUGCCUCGGUUGAUGCGUCUUGGUAUACGAAGCGGAUGUCUGUUGCGGCUAUCUAUGCGUCGUCGGAGGUGGUGAUGACUCGGGAUCAGAGUCCUGGGCUCUCGGAGACGGAAGCGUUCGUUGAUCGGCGGGUGGAGGAUAGCAAGGCUGUCGGGGAGAAGCUGACCGGGUUCAAGCAGUGUUUAGGGUUUAUGGGGUCGACAGCUAUAGGGCUGGGACGGAGUUGGGGGUUGAAGAUUUAAACUUAACGGACGUGUCUGGAUAAAUUGUACUAUUAUUACAUCUGGUCUUGGCUGGGUGGUUCUAUGUC